AAUCUGUCUCGUCUCGUCGUGGAGUACGGACAAGCUUCGAUUCAGAGCAUCCAACAGCAUGGGUCACUCGCAGACUGCAGUUCUGCUUGCUUUAUCGUGCGUCGCGAUAGCUAAUGCUGGAUACUACCAGUCAAGAAUAUUAACAACUGGAAGUGUCGGUGGUUGUGAAUCGUAUACCUGCGGAGUCAAUGCAAGAUGCACCAUCAGCGAAAGCAGACCAGUUUGUUCUUGCAUGAACUUACACAUGGGGGAUCCGUUGUCGCGUUGCGUGAGAGUCGAAUGUCAAAUCAACGAGGACUGCAGCGACAGUAAAGUCUGCACAAAUAACAGAUGCGUGAAUCCUUGCGACAGUCUGUGCGGCGUGAGCGCUGUCUGCGAGACCAGAAAUCACAUGCCAACGUGUUACUGUUCACCUGGACAGACUGGAGAUCCUUUCACCUCUUGCCAUGUAGCUGAUCCUCAAGCCGCCUGCAAGCCCAAUCCAUGUGGAUUAAAUACAAAGUGUGAAGUGGUAAACGAGGUGACGGUGUGCAGCUGUUUGCCAGGAUACAUAGGAUCACCGUUGAACGGUUGCCGCCACGAGUGUGAAAGCGACAACGAAUGUCCUAAUCACCUUGCUUGCGGAGCAUCGUUCAGGUGCGAAAGUCCAUGUAAAUGUGGUACGAACGCUGAGUGUAAAGUGGUUAAUCAUCAGGCGAUAUGUAGCUGUCCGAAGAAUUGGUUGGGUAAUCCACUGCUGUCGUGUCGUCCAGAGUGUACCUCUCAUUCGGAGUGUCCAGGAAACAAACCAGCCUGCCUCUAUCAGAAAUGCAUGAAUCCGUGCGAUGGAGUAUGCGGCGUGAACGCAGAUUGCAAUCUAAGGGGCAUCACCCCAGUCUGUAGCUGUCCAAAACACAUGACCGGCAAUCCUUUCGUUAGCUGCAGGCUCUUUGAAGCGAGGGAUCUAUGCGAGCCGAAUCCAUGCGGAGUGAAUGCAAUUUGCACACCGGGACACGACAACACGGGAAAAGAAAGGCCAGUCUGCACAUGCCCGACUGGUUACAUUGGCAACGCGUUGGCCAGCUGCCAAAGGGGCGAAUGUUUCACGGACAGUGAGUGUCCCGACAGUAAGGCUUGCAUCGACUUCACUUGCCAGAAUCCUUGUACUGGCAAAGAGUGCGGACCGACCGCGACUUGCACUCCAAGACGUCAUAUAGCUGUCUGCACCUGUCCAAAUGGCACUCGAGGAGAUGCACUCUAUAACUGCAAUCCUAUUGAGAGCAGAUCCUCCUACAACUACGGUCAAUCAUACAGAUACCGUUACUACUAGUCAUUAAUUUGCUAUCGAUCAAUGGAAACAUGUAUUUUGUGAUGUAUUUAACGGAAUGCAACUGCUACGACUCUGUGUAUGUUUCAAAUGACUUCCAUCGAGCGGUUUUAUUCGCUGUCUAGGAAUUGUACUCCUUCAGAAUUACUUAAUAAAUGAUAUUUGAACGACAGUACGCGCUGCUGUUUCUUUCCUAGGAUUAUCAAGUGCUCCCAUCGGAUAAGACAGCUGUCACGAUUCAUUUGUACUGUACAUUGCGUCAAGUUGCCUUUGCUUUUAGUGAAU